AUGCCAAAAAGCACGAGAAAUAUCUCAAAAGAGACCAUAAGCAGUCUCUCCGAUGCGCCAACACCGCUUCCAGGCAAAGUCCUCCAAAUCAGAUCCGGAAAAGUCAAAACUCUCGUCACCGAACCGUCCGGCAUCUUCAAACAAGUCCAGCAAGGGCGUAUCUUCAUCAACGAGCACGGCAUCGGCAAUGACAAGCACGUCUACCCCAUACACUGGAGUACCGAGCGUGCUCUGCACCAGUACGCCUCGGAGCACUAUGAGUCCUGGCGGUGCGAGGACGGCUGUCCCAAACCGGAGCUCUUCGAUUACGGCGCCUUUGGGGAGAACAUAGUUGGCACCAACAUGAGCGAAGAAAAUGUUUGCGUCGGCGACGUCUACCGCAUCGGCAGGGAUGUCGUGGUUGAAGUGAGCGAACCUCGCAGCCCGUGUUACAAGCUAAAUUUGCGCUUCGAAUGGGGCAGAGCUCUAAAGCGCGUCAAUCGCACGGCGCGAACGGGGUGGAAUAUGAGAGUUAGAACGGCGGGGUAUAUAUGCGCGGGUGACGUGAUGGAGCUCAUGGAGCGUCCUCAUCCGCGAUGGUCGAUUCUCAAUAUCAAGCGCGUGAUCCAGGGGAAGGACGUUGCGCUGCCUUUGGUGGCGGAGCUGUGCAACCUGAGCGUGGUGACGAGCAUGGUCCGGGAAUUUGCGCUGAACCGCUUGCAGUCGACGCCGAAAAGAUACGCAGUCGUGGAUAUCACACCCGUUACUUCGCGAGUCAAACAAUUCACCUUUCAACUCCGAGAACCUUUCACGAUCAACGAACCCACCUUCAAAGAGUUCGCGUUUGCGCAGAUUGAAUUCGGAACGGAUGAUGAGAGGUAUUCGCGGUCAUACUCGAUUGUAUCAGGCGACCUGAACCGGUUUUCCCUUGGCGUGGCCCACGACGAUCAUUCCAGGGGAGGAUCGAGGUAUCUACACAUGAAGCUCCAAAUAGGCGAUAUAAUCACCAUGGCCCCUGGCGGGGUCCCAAAGGCUGUAGAAGACGAACAGAAAUGCGUGGAGGAAGGACUGGUGGACAGACGACUUGUCAUAAUCGGAGGUAUCGGCGUGACAGCAUUCCUCCCAAAGAUUGCCCAGUGGAAGAAGGAGGACAUCGACUACGAAGUACAUUACGCAGCGCGAAACCGCGAAGAGGCUGCAUUCCUGAACCGCUUCCCUGGCGAGAACAUGACGCUAUAUGCUAAGAACGAAGGCAGACGCCUAGACUUGGAUGUCCUGAUUCCGGGCUCUGAUAAGGAUGGAAAACACACUACGAGAAUUUACUGUUGCGGCCCAGAAGGAUUGAUGAAAGCCGCUCAGAGACGAGCUAGGGAGAUGGGAUAUCCAGAUCACAUGCUGCAUUUCGAAAGCUUCGGAGUGGAUUCCGCAUCAACGAGGGGCAAGCCUUUCACCGUUGAAGUGAAUGAGCUCGAGUCACACCGGAAGAAGACAUUGGACGUGCCCCCCGACAAAACGCUGCUAACGGUAUUACGGGAGGCAGGCUUUGAUAUGACCUUCUUCUGCGAAAUGGGCGGCUGCGGUGCUUGUAAAGUCACUGUUUGUGACGGCAAGGUUGAUCACAAAGGAACGGCUCUCUACCCUGAAGAGAAGAAACGCAACAUGCUCAGCUGCGUUAGUCGUGGAAGUGGACACAUUAAGAUAGAGUUAGACUAA